AGAGAGAGAGAGAUUCAUGAAUCUUUUACAGAACAAGAACAAGUUUCAGAAUCUGGUCUGACUCUUUGUAACCUUUCCCGUUUAAGAUUCAUCGCACGUAUUUAAAUCUCCAUUUCUCUGCCAUUAUUGGAUUCUCCGCCUCUUUUUUUUUCUUCCUCUGAAUCAAUUAUCAAAGAUUUGUUCGAUUUCGUCUCCUCCAAAGAAUGGCGACUUUCUUAAUCUCGAUGAUUUGAUGGUGAUAUAAUUCCGCUGAUCCCGACGUUUCAGAAAGGCUGUUUUGAUCCACCAUUGUUGUUUGCCAUUGAUCGAUCAAACACCAAGAAUAAGUAAUUGGGAUUAUUGUCUUCAUUGCUAAAGUUGGAGUUUUGUUCAUAAAGAAUGGCGUUUAAUGCGGCUAUGGCGUCUACAUCUCCAGCGGCGGCGGCGAACGACGUUUUCAAAGAACAUUUUGGACUCCGUAGAUCGUUAUCCAGUCAAGAUCUCGUCGUGAAAUGCGGUGGUAUACGGAGAUCAAGUUCCGACAAUCACUUGUGUUGUAACUCCGGUAAUAACAACCGAGUUCGUGCUGUGUCUGUACGUCCUGGUCCGGGAAUGAAAAACAGCCGAUCUGUAGGAGUGUUCUCGUUUCAGAUUUCGAGCUCCAUAAUCCCGAAUCCGAUAAAAUCAUUGCUAUUUGAAACGGACACGUCUCAGGAAGAGAAAGAGAGUGACGAGGUUGAGAACGAGCCGACUUUAGAUGGAGCCAAGAAAGCGAAUUGGGUCGAGAGGUUGCUUGAGAUAAGGAGACAGUGGAGGAAAGAGCAAAGAACAGAUAGUGGAAAUGGUGAUGUUGUUGCAGAGGAAAAUGUAAACGUUACGUGUGGUUGCGAAGAUGGAGAAGGUUGCGUCGCGGAUUACGGAUCUGAAAACGGUGAUUGGGAACGCGAAUCGUUUUCAGAAUUGCUCGUUAAGGUUUCUUGGUCAGAUGCUAAACAGCUGUCUCAGUUAGCUUAUUUAUGUAACGUGGCUUACACGAUACCUGAGAUCAAGGGUGAGACUUUGAGAAAAAACUACGGGUUAAAGUUUGUCACAUCUUCAUUAGAAAAGAAAGCUAAAGCAGCGAUUCUUAGAGAGAAACUCGAGCAAGAUUCGACCAGGGUCCCUGUUAUAACAUCCCUUGAAUCAGAAUCCGAGAAGCCUCAACAACGAUCAUCUUCAUCUUCUGCUUCUGCUUACAAGAUUGCUGCUUCGGCCGCAUCGUACAUUCACUCGUGUAAAGAGUAUGAUCUUUCGGAACCUAAUAACAUGGUUUAUAAAUCAGCAGCUGCGGCUCAAGCUGCAGCGUCUACGAUGACCGCAGUGGUUGCUGCGGGUGAGGAGGAGAAGCAGGAAGCGGCGAGGGAGUUGCAGUCGCUACAGUCCUCUCCUUGUGACUGGUUUGUGUGUGACGAUCCCAACACAUACACUAGAUGCUUUGUGAUUCAGGGUUCUGAUUCUUUAGCUUCUUGGAAAGCAAACCUCUUCUUCGAACCAACUAGGUUUGAGGAUACAGAUGUAUUAGUCCACAGAGGAAUUUACGAGGCAGCAAAAGGGAUAUACGAACAGUUCUUACCCGAAAUAACUGAGCAUUUGUCUCGACAUGGCGAUAGAGCUAAGUUUCAGUUUACGGGUCAUUCUCUUGGAGGCAGUCUCUCGUUAAUAGUGAAUCUGAUGCUGCUCAGUAGAGGACUCGUUAGCUCUGAAGCUAUGAAACCUGUGGUCACGUUCGGUUCACCGUUUGUGUUUUGCGGCGGUGAGAAGAUUCUGGAGGAGCUUGGUCUUGACGAGAGUCAUGUUCACUGUGUGAUGAUGCAUAGAGACAUUGUCCCACGAGCCUUCUCAUGCAAUUACCCUGACCAUGUUGCUCUCGUCCUCAAGCGCUUGAACGGGUCAUUCCGUACACAUCCUUGCCUCAACAAAAACAAACUGUUGUAUUCACCGAUGGGGAAAGUAUUUAUUCUACAGCCGAGUGAGAGUGUUUCGCCGACGCACCCUUGGCUACCACCGGGAAACGCUCUCUACGUAUUAGACAAGAGCAACGAGGGUUACUCUCCCACGGCGUUGCGUGGGUUUCUAAACCGGCCACACCCGCUCGAGACGCUGAGUCAACGCGCGGCUUAUGGCUCGGAAGGUUCGGUCUUGAGAGACCACGACUCCAAAAACUACGUCAAAGCCGUGAACGGAGUUAUCCGGCAGCACACGAAGCUCAUCGUUAGGAAAGUCAGGAGAGAGAGGAGGGCUACUGUUUGGCCGGUGCUGACGUCAGCAGAACGGAACUCUUGGAUCAACGACGGGAGCCUGACGGCGACAGAGGAGAUCAUGACACGUGUCUAG